AUGAUCGUAUUCGGACUAUUCCUGGCAAUCUACCACAUUUUCAUGACGCUCCUCUUCGUCUCCUACUAUCAUUAUAUCCGCGAUCGUCAACUGGAGCUGGAGCAGCAGCAAGGCAGAAUGCAGUCCGCGCUGAUUACAUUGAUCCACUCAGCGCUCUUCAUUUACAUCUGCAUCUACGAGACAAAGGGGACCGGCGGGUAUUUCCCGGAUCGCAAGGGGCAUCUUAAGCAGGGAUAUCCUUGGCCAGUGACGAUCGCCUUCGGAAUCUUGCUCUUAAUCUAUCACGUAUUUAUGACCCUUCUCUUCAUUUCUUACUACCAUUUUAUCCGGGAUCGCCAGCUGGAGCAGGAGCAGCAGCAGGGCAGGAUGCAGUCGAUCCAAACGUAUAGA